AUGAGUUUGAUUUGUCUGGCAAUUACUAUUGUUCUAAUUUUUAGGAAACAAUGCAGAAAAUUAAAGAGCAAUUCGACGAAAAUAUUAGUACUGAUUAUGUUUUCGCUCAUUUGUAAGAUUUUAGGAAUAUUAGUUUAUUUUAUAUAUAAUCUGAAAAGAAUUCAUAGAACAUAUUAUUUUCUUGAAGAAUUGAUUUUUUAAGUAUAUUAGGCGUGCUUAAUAUUCUAUUUUGGAAAAAAAUUAGUUGUAGGUUCAACUUAAAGAAAAAAUUAUAAUAUAAUUCGAAUUAUCUUUGUAGUUCUCAUAAUCCUAGAUAUUACAACUUUUAUUAUGUCUGUGAUAGAAGCAAUAUCUAAGUAAAUGAUGUGUAAACAAAUUUCAUUUACAGUAUUCAGAUCUGUUAGCUUAUUAACGUAAAUAGGAUUUCUUGCAGUUGUCUAAAAAUUAAACAAAAGAUUUUAGUAGAAUAUUUAAAAUCUUCUUAUAAAUGAAUAAUAAACCAAGCAAUAAAAAUCUCAUUUUUUUUAGUUAAAAAUCUUGUGUUAUAUAAGCCUGUUUGGAUCAGUAAUUUUGUUGAUUGUUAAUUUUUUAUAUAUGAUUUCGUCUGAUUGUAGAAUAAUUAGUCAUUUUGGAGAUGAAGGAUAUAAUUUCUCAGAUUCACUGAAUGCUUUUAUACAUGCAUUGGUAAAAUUAUUUACAUACUUUUUGCCAAUAAUUCUAACUUUAAUUUUAUUUAGAACCAAAAGUAAAAAAGAAAUACGAAGAAAUUCUGUUUUUGAAGCUGAAGAUUUAAGUUACCAAUCCUAUUUUUAAGGAUUAAGUUUAUAAAGAUGA